AUGUCCUUUAUUUGUAAAAGUGCUCACACUGCGGAAAAGCGUUAUGAAUGUAAACAGUGUGGCAAGUCUUUUAGCCAAGCAGGAACCCUAAGGAGACAUGAAAGAGUUCACACUGGGGAAAAGCCUUUCGAAUGUAAACAGUGUGGUAAGUGUUUUAGUGUAGCAGGAAACUUAAGGAUUCAUGAAAGAGUUCACACUGGGGAAAAGCCGUAUGAAUGUAAACAGUGUGGCAAGUGUUUUAGUAUAGAAGGAAACUUAAGGAUUCAUGAAAGAGUUCACACUGGAGAAAAGCCUUAUGAAUGUAAACAGUGUGGCAAGUGUUUUAGCCAAUCAGAAGACCUAAGGAGACAUGAAAGAGUUCACACUGGGCAAAAGCCUUAUGAAUGUAAACAGUGUGGCAAGUGUUUUAGCCGAGCAGGAAACCUAAAGAGUCAUGUAACAGUUCACACUGGGGAAAAGCCUUAUGAAUGUAAACAGUGUGGAAAGUGUUUUAGGGUGGUAAGAACCCUAAGGAGUCAUGAAAGAGUUCACACUGGGGAAAAGCCUUUUGAAUGUAAACAGUGUGGUAAGUGUUUCAGUGAAGCAGGAACCUUAAGGAGACAUGAAAGAGUUCACACUGGGCAAAAGCCUUAUGAAUGCAAACAGUGUGGCAAGUGUUUUAGCCGAGCAGGAGACCUAAAGAGUCAUGUAACAGUACAUACUGGGGAAAAACCUCAUGAAUGUAAACAGUGUGGCAAGUGUUUUAGCGUGGUGGGAACCCUAAGGAGUCAUGAAAGAGUUCACACUGGGGAAAAGCCUUUUGAGUGUAAACAGUGUGGUAAGUGUUUUAGUGUAGCAGGAAACUUAAGGAUUCAUGAAAGAGUUCACACUGGGGAAAAGCCUUAUGAAUGUAAACAGUGUGGCAAGUGUUUUAGUGUAGCAGGAAACUUAAGGAUUCACAAAAGAGUUCAUACUGGGGAAAAGCCUUAUGAAUGUAAACAGUGUGGCAAGUGUUUUAGACAUUUGAAUGCCAUAAGGACUCAUGAAAGGGUUCACACUAAGGGAAAAAAAUAUGAAUGUAAACAGUGUGGCAAGUGUUUUACCAAAUGUGGAAAGCUAAAAAAACAUUUAAGAUGUCAUACUCUAAAAAGGUCAUGUAAAUAUUCCAAAAGAAAGGAAAGAUUGAGAUCUGUAAACAAAGCACUGGUACAGAAAGAGAGUGGAAACAAUAGUACGGAAGGUUUAGAAUCAGCAAUCUUUGAGAAACACAGCUGUUGGAUUUGUCAAGAGGAGAUGAGCAGUGAGGCACUUCUUCUUCAACAUUAUGAGAAUCAUAUGAGAAAUAUAGGUGAAGAUGACACGUAAGUUUACUAACAUUUGGGUCCUUACUGUUAAAUUCAUAAAACUUUCAACACUAAGUUGUAAGUUUCACAGUAAAAGCAAUGUUUUCACUGGUGUCUGUAAAACCAGAACAGACCUAACAACUAAGAAACAGCAGUGUUCACACGGGUGUCUGUAAAAUCAGAACAGACCUGGAAGACUACGAAACACAUUCCCACUCCCCCAUCGCCGCCUUGACGUACAGUAGAAAAAAGAGGGUAAUAACCUAGUUUUAGAGAACCUGUUAAUUAGGCUCGCUCUACACUAGGCUGUUCCAGGCGUUCAGAUGGUGGGGAGCGAGUUAAAUCGUACGCGUCGAGCGUAAAAGGAACACCCAACUAAUUUCUUUGCCCACUCCCCACCAUUUGAACGCGUGGAACAGGCUACCUCUACACAAGAACUUGUUUAGCCUUGAAUUUGAAACAGGUUCUUAUUUGUAAAGUCUAUAAAAAGAUAUUCUGUACACGAGGGCAAAUAAGUUAAGUCAACAUUUAGGAUCCUUUUUGAAGACAGGGUUAUCACUCCAACUGCAAUAUAAUGUGUCAGUAUGCAGAAAACAUCAUCAGUCUUAGAAAUGAGCUGAAUACCACCAAAUAUUUUAGCUAGAACCUACAAUGGUUUUUCCUUCAGAAAAUAAGAACCUAUUUGAGAACCUAAAUGACCUUAAUUUGUGCUAUUUACCAUUUAUGUAAGAACCUGUUUAACUUGGGAAAAUGCAGUUUCUUAGGCGUUGGUUUUUACUGUAUUUGAUAAAGUUUUAAGGAAGGUUCUGUUAAGCGUAAGGUUCAGUACGUUUCGUUACUGGUGAACAGUAAAUGACCGUAUAAAGGCUUGGGGCGUCUUUCAAUUUUAAGGUUGAUUUCAACAUAGUUAAUUGAGUGGAAUGGUUAUGAAACCCGUCAGACUCCUUUGUUAUAUGUUUUUGUGGACCUGAAAGUGCACAUCGUUCAAAAGAAUUCCUAUCAUUUUGAUUGUAUUGACCAAUAAAAACGUUGCAUUAAUUUAUUCCGUAACAAUUUGCCAACAGAAAACAAAGGAUUGUGCACUUUCACGGUACUUCCAAUAUAAACUGCAGCACUGUUGUUUUUAUCAUUGAUGUUUGCCGCUUUUCAUAACCAAUCUCCUCUAAUAACUAUGAUUUCAAUGAACGCAAUUUUUGGCUACGCACGUUACCGCACGUAUUUUUUAAUCACGUAAAUAAACUACAGGGUGUUUCAAAAGUUCGUUCCGAUUUUUCAUUCGCUUAAAUUUCACUAAUUAUCAAAAAACCCUUUUUCAAAACUUAUUAUGUUAUUCAUUAUUCAUUUAACAUUGAAUAAUUAAUUAUUAGUAACCAGAACGUUUUCCUUUAUGUUUUCUGACAUUUUCUAAGAGGUGAGGUAUAGAAUGUACGAGCUCCCAAAGCGUGUCCAAAGUCACAUUCUUCCAGGCGAAGCGUAGUCACUGUCUUAGCUCGUCCAGUGUUUUGGGGGCUGGAUGUUUGUAUGUUGUCUCGUCUAUGAUAAUCCAGAUAGUUUCUGGGGGGUUCACAUCGUGUCAGUUUGCCGGCCGGUCCUCCUUUGGUAUAAAGUUGGCAAAUCCUUCUGACACCAUGCUUGCAUGAAGUGUGCACAGCCUUUUUCUCUUCACGUCUUUCAACUUUUUGUGGUAACUUAUCCCCAUACCGUUGUUCUCGAAACUUUGAUCGAUAACGUGAAGUUGAAUUUUUUUACCUUUCUGUUUUGUGGAAUUAUUACGCAUAUACUUACAGCUUUUUCGAUAAUAUUUCUCACACAUUUUGUGAAAAAACGGCCAUCCACUCCUUGGUUUGUCUUCUAAGUUCUUCACUUUUGACCACUUGUUCGGUCAUCGUUCAGACUUCUUCAAUAAUUUGGCAAUUUUUUUUUUUGGACUUAAGGGCCAGAAGACCAUAAAAAUAGAUGCCUCAUCUCUAGCACAAACAGUGUAGGCCUUCAUUUUCAGGAGUAGAGAAAAUAAAAGAAAACGAUAAAAAUACUAAAAUAGAAAGCCUACAAAAUGGGCAGGAAAAGUAUCGCGGGAAAAACCACGCGUACGUGAACAGUUGGGGCAAAAAUUUAAAAAAAUAUAUAAUUUCUUCAAAUUUUAGUUUGAAGUUGCUUUGAACGGUUAUUUAGAUAAAUUUCUUACCUGAAUCAGUUUACAUUUGCCUAAGGAAGUAUUAAAUGCUUUUCUCAAAACACAAUUUAGAAUCGGAACGAACUUUUGAAACACCCUGUAGAGGCAAGAUAUAAAGUGUUGACAUUAAACGUGAAGUUGAGCGAGGUUAUACUUUUACGCUUAUGUGCGAUCUUUCAUACAUUACCUCUAUUUUAUUUGCGAACGUAAAUUUUAGGCACCUACGCACGUAAAAAUUAUGUGACAGUGGAAAUCAACCCUUAGGUGGUCAAGCGGAGUCGAGAAGCGUAUUUCUUCAUCACUGCAACAAGUUCUACAUAACUGCAGGGAUUACAAAUACGCCAAAUUUGGCGUAUUUUACGCCAAGAAUUCAUCAAUGACUCCAAAAAAUUCCAUUGGGGAGUCACUUUGACUCCGGAGAGGAAUUCAGAAAUGUUCAGCAGAAUUUUAUUUUCUGCCUGGAAAAAUCUUAAAAAUUGUUAUAUCCGUAAUGAAACAAUAAAAAUGGAAGGUCCUGGCAUUCCUGCAACAACAUUCCUUUGUGAAACAAACUUUGUCCGUAGCUCGUUUGUGUCCGACGUACAGCACGUUGCCAUUUUUAAUUGUGAACGUUUUCGGUCAGCGGUUCUUCUCCGCAUACGUACUUCAUAUAAUAAUGGUAUUAAGUGCCUUCACUGCACGUGCUCAAAAUGGCCGCGCCUUCAGCUUCGUCCUCGAGGAAGCGGAGUCUGGAUAAAACAUCAGACCAGGCUCCUAAAAGAAAAUUCCGCACGGAGUGGCAAAAGGAGUUUACGUGGCUUCGCUUUGACGAAGUCAAGCAAAAGAUGUUUUGUUCCUUGUGUGAGAAAGCAAACAGAAAAAAUCCUUUCGCAAAGGAUGGAUGCAUUAACUUUCAGCAUUCCACUUUAGUGAAGCAUGCAGGUAAUAACGAUCAUCAAAUCGCGUUAAAUGAAGUAAAACUCAGGAAACAGUUUGAAAGGUGCGUGGAAAAAGUUAACAUCACUGCAGGAAAUGCCACAAAGGCUUCGUUUCAUACAGUUUAUUGCAUGGUAAAAGAAGAAAUGCCUCUUUCGAAAUUCAGUGCACUUGUGAAGUUACAAAUCAAGAAUUUUAUAUAAAAUUGUACUUGUGUUCUAUGCUGUUAUCUAAGGAAAUGUAGUACUUUGCAUUAAAGCACACAUCUUGUUUUUCUUUGAAAAUGUAGUGUUUUGUUUGUUAUGUUCCUUGACCUCACAUUUUCAAAAAUGACUCCAACAUUUUUGGACAAGGAGUCAAAGUGACCUCAAAGGGAAAUAGAAAUUUGUAAUCCCUGAUAACUAAUAUGCUUUAGGCAAAAAAAUCAAGAGAGCUUGAAAAAAGCGGAAUAUCCACUUCAUCAAUUGACAUGUCCGGGUCGUCUAGAGAUCUAUAUUCAGUUGCCUUAUCAAAUCCCAACAUCUUGUUCAAUGUAAAGUGCAUUGAAAAUUCCUAGUAUUUUGGAGGAGGCGUUCAUUCGAGAGGGGCCUCUAGUGCAAUUUAAACAGCACAGAUGGGGUGUUUAUAAGAUAGGAUGCAUUUCUUUGGAAGUGGGCGUUUAUUACGUCAUUUAUGGUAGUCGGUUGUAUGUUCAACUCAAAUUUGUCUUAAGUACUGAAACAUUCGGAGAGCGCUUCUGUUACGCGAAUUCGUAAAUCGUAUUGAAUAGAUUAGUGAGUUUUUGUCGUCUUGUAGAUGGACAGAAGAAUCCUUUAGUAGUCAAGAACUGUUGCGGAGUGAUCUGUUAUUAAAACAAACUACUAUCUGUCCAUCUGUAGCUACAACAAGUGUUAAGGCACGAACGUAGAAACACUAGUACAAUGAACAAACCAUCAAUUCUGUUAGGCAUCGUAGUUUUUAGGUACACUUAAUACACCCCUUUGAUAAUACUUUUGAGAACUGUUUCAUUCAAAUUUUAUCUCGGCAAAAUUAGAAACAGACGACAAACUUGUCUUUCUCUUUCUGAACUGUGGUUGAAUUCUUCAAAGAAUUCAACUCCAAGGAAAUUCCCCAACAUUUAGCAAUGAAUUUUUAGCGGAGCUCUUUGCGCGCGCGGAGCGCCAUAACUAAGAUAAUUUGGUAAACUAUGCAUCCGAGAAAUUUAAAGGAAUUUAAACAUGUUAACUCUUCUACAAUAACUGUACUCGUUAACUAUACUAAAGAAAGAAAGAAACAGAAAAAAAAUAAAAUAAGUAUGUGUAAUCAAAUGGUGACGAGUGAAAUUAGGGAAUAAUUUCACGCGCGUUUUGUCGCUCGGGAAAUUAUUAGGAUUUGGACAAAACGCAAGUGAAAUUAUUCCCUAAUUUCACGAGUAUACCAUUUGAUUACCUCUUAAUAUCAUGAGUGACGAAUUACGUUAGCAAUCUUGGAUUUUUGACAUGUUUAUCCUGGAUCGUAUCGAUCGAGAACUCUGACUCGCUCAAAUGUUUAGACCUCAAAUUUGGCUUAUAAAGUUCACAAUUUUUCAGACUUUUUCGGUAAAAUACCUGUUAGAAUCCUUCUUGAUGUUCUCGUGUAUGUUCAGGUUUUCUAUAGCAUCUUUUUGUGCCCUGACAUCUUCAUUCACGGCAUUUUAAAACUUCGUCGACAUCUUGACACUGAGACGUACGUUAGGUUGCCAUGGCAGUUUUUGUAAUUUCACAUGUGAAAUUACGAAUUAACGCUGAAAUUUCGCGCCAAAAUUAAGGAGUAAUUCGUCACCUAUGAUAUUAAAUACAGUAAUUUCACAAUUUACAGACUAUAAUACUAAUACCCAUUUAUUAUCACUUAUCACACCAGACAAUUCAGCGAAAAUUAGGUACUAACGAAAACAAAAAUUAUAUGGUCCAGGUGUGACAAGUCAAAAGAAUCAUUAAACGGCCAUUUGUUAAAUUUUUAGAAACACAAUAGGCUUAAAUGUAAUCCGGCUGCCAGGUUUACUAUUUUGGACAUAUUUCUUCCACUUAAAUUAAAUUAGCGUCGUUAAAAAGCUCGCUUUCCAUUGGAGUCAACAAUAAUUGUCUCAAUGUGAUAAGUGAAGGUCACUUUGGAGAGGUAAAUAUUUAAGGAAGGAGCACAAUAUCUUUUACCAGAGGGUGAAUAUGCUCUUUUGCUAAAAUUAUUAAGACGGAGUCCAUCAGGAAAUUGAGUAAUUAAUUUUCAGUGGACAAAAACCUUGUACCAGAAUAAUUUAAACAAUAUCGCAUUCUUUUGUAGAUUUUUGAAGGGCUACAGAUAUAUUUAAUAUAAUUAGUUAUCUGUAAUAACACCAAAGACUAUUCCACAUGUCACACAUGGGAGCCCGAGAAAAUAUUUAUGUCAAAUUUCACAAGAAUUGUGAAAGCACGGUUAAAAUUCGGAAAAUUUCUUGUGUAAGAUGUUUUUGCGAAAUUUGACGUAAAUAUUUUCUCUGGCUCUCAUACGAAAUUCUCUUUGGUGUUAUUACAGAUAACCUAUUACAUCUAUAGCCCUUGUGAUACUGUUUGAAUUAUUCUGGUACAGGGUUUUUGUCCACUGAAAAUUAAAAUUAUUCAAUUUCCUGAUGGAUUCAGUCUUAAGUUGUUUGGCAGUAAAACAUCAGAUACCGAAAAUUUUGGCAACAUCUGAUAAUUCAUCCAACUUUAUUUCUAUCCUAUUGCAAAAAGAGAUGAAAUUCUGCCAAAAUGUGCUGGAAAAGACAUAGUUUAUAAAUUACUCUUUUCCUUCCUAAUUCCUAAUUUUGAAAAAUUGACAACUUAAAAUCUGACGUUCGCCGUUUGUCAUAAACGUCAUUCUAAGCCUCUUUACUUUGCCUUUAUAUUUAGUUAUACAACAACCUGUCGAUUUUGUAUUUUUUUUUUUUUUUGUAGUUGGAAAGAAUUUAAUUUUUAUUACCCUAUUGUACACGGUAAGAGCCAAGGAUAUCUCUCACAAAACAAAAGAUCUCUUGAGGGGGGAACUACUUUUUUUCCGUUUCCGAAAUUUCGGCUGAUUUCUCAGGCUUCGUCAGUUUCUACUGUAGUAAGUGUUGGGAUGUGUGAUUGAUUUCAUUCAGAAAAAAACUAUGGUAGACAUUUAUCGAGAGUGGUGACGCCAAGUACUUCCCCCUUUAUAUAGCUAUUCCAAGACUUCUUUGUCUUUGUUUUUAUAUUGAAUAUCAGAGCUUGUUUUUUAUUGAAGUUGUUGUUACGCAUUCAAUGAAUUAUGUCGCUGUUACUCCAGGCAAUCACAGGGGCGUAGCCCGGAUUUUUCAAAGGAGGGGUCACAGCAGGGACACCUUCCGGGGAUCGCCGACUGUAUAUGGCUUAUACCGCUGUUCUCCCUCGUGUAUCAGCGGGCUCAGUCGUAUUAUCGCGGCAUAAAGGCCCUUAUUAACAAAAGACAAGAGCCGUUGACGAAAAUACUUUACAAAAAACAAAUUUUAAAAAAGUGGGCUUUUCAACAAUGGCUUUUACAGCCAAGAUAUUGUCAUUGCGUUUUCGUCACCUUAAUAUUGUAGGUUGUUUGCUCAAAAAAAGGCCUACCAACGGGGGGGGGGGUCACGGGUACCCCAGGACCCCCCCUGGCUACGCCCCUGAAUCAAUCUUGCAGCUUGUUUGGCGUUUUUGUUGCGAAACAGGUAGUUUCAGGACACGUUACACAAAACGUAGUUGAAAAGUUUGCGUGCAAUAAUCGGUAUGACUUUAUACUAAAGGUUGUGCGUCAAGGAAAACUCAAGGCAAGGUACAAAAAAAUCGACUGGUAUAACAGGGUAAUAAUUAAGUUACUUGUGUACUUUAGAUUCGUGUCAAGGUGUUACGAUAACUGAUGAAUUUAAGACUUACUUGUAGUUUUUGCUGUAAUGUUGUUGUAAUUGUUAAUGAUUUUUUUAACACAUGAUAUAGCAAUAUAAUUCUUUAACCUUCAGCUUUAUUGUUAACAAAUUUUUGAAGCCCAUUUCGGGGACUUAAGAAACGACUGCAACAAACUAUAAAAACGUCUUAAGGAGCUCCGCUACCCACCCCUGGCGCUUGAUCUGUGUUCAGUUCUCUGUAAGAGAGACCUGUUUACCAAGGGCGGAUUUAAGGGUGGGCCCAGGGGGCCCCAUUCCCUCCUUUUGUCCGGGAGUUUUUUCCUUAAAUAUUUCAGCAUUACCUUUUCAAUAUGGAAUCCGGGUAUUUGCGUCCAGAAUGGACCAGAUUGCAUGUCAGAGAACUUCAAUCUCAAAAAUUUUCCCGGAGGAGCAUGCGCCCGAAACUCCCCAGAAAAGUGCGCCAUUCGCAGUCCUGAUGAGCGCUUUCGCGCCCAUAUUACCACUGCAGACUAUAUCUCUAGGCCCCCUCUGCCACAAAAUCCUCUGUCCGCCCCUGUUUACGUGGCAAUUGCAUUCUUCCAGUACCAUUCUCCGCCCCAGAGAUCUUCUCUAUUGCGCAUGAUUACAAACUAGAACGCGCGGAGUCCAUAGCCUGAGCUCUGGGGUCGAGAAUGAUACAGUACCGUGCAGGUUGGUGAUUUGCGCAUGCUGAGCAAAGUUUUUCUUGCUCUUUCUUGCUCGUAAUAUAGCACUCUAGCGCACGCGUAAGAGAAACGAGAACAGGGAAUUAUUAAUAAAAUUAAUCAUUUCUAAGUCACGGUGCCCUACCCAGUCUGCUAUGUUUCAAGAGUUUUGUCACAGGAAAAGAAAAUACACUCUUCUCGACAAGAUGUUAUGUUUGCGCGUGACAUUUGCAGAUAAGCAGGGCUGUUAUUUCCCCUGCUUGAGCUCAGCUGGGGAACUAACAACCCCCUGGGGGUACUCCCUAUAACGGCCUAUACGAUCUAGGCGGGGAGGCUUCGUCCGAAAGGGAUACUUUUUCUGGGUUCAGGUAUAUUAUAAAAAAGCAGGAAUUUAACUUGUUCAAGUAUAUUAAAACACAAGGUAAUCUGUCAUCUCGGUUUGUACAAAGUUUGAAGACAGUGCAUUUAGGGACUGGUCAAAAAGUAUAGGGGGGGUGGGCCGGAGCAUUUGGAAAUGUGGUUGAUAAAAAACACAUGACCCACCCCCUCCCUUCGGCACAGAAAUGACUGACCCACCCCUAAAGCAAGGUUGGCAAUUGCAUGACCCGCCCCCUAGUUAAAACAUGGACGUUCGGUUUCCUCUUAAUAAUCCAAUAAAACCUUAUUCUGUGCUUGACAAAAUUUGUUGAUACACUGCUACAACCAAUAUCAAAAUCACAGAAAUCAUACCUUUCACUGAAAAGACGAAUGUGAAAAACCGAACAUUUCUUGUUUCAAUGGACGUUAUGAGUCUUGACACAAAUAUACAGCAAAACGAGGGUAUAUUGAAGUUAUCUGUCACAAAGCAUAUGAAAAUUUCAACCAAGACAACCCAUUCCUACACAUUACUUCCCGGAAAUGCUUAGAUUAAUCCUCAAAGAAAAUUUCUUCCACUUCAGGGGAAAGCACUACCUACAAAACCAUGGAACUGCAAUGGGCACAAAGACAGCAGUUUUGAUUCCUUUGCCAAUAUUUUCAUGACAUAUAUUGAAACAACAACUCUAAGCAAAACUGUCUUUAGAACAACCGUUUGGAAAUGCCACAUACACGAUAUCUUUUCCCUAUGGGACAUGAGUAAACUAGACAUCGAAGUCUUCAUUGCACAAGCAAGCUUACAUCACCCAACUAUUGAAUUCACGGCCGAAACAUUUGACACUGAGACUGCAUUUUUAGACACGGUUGGAUACAAAGGCACAAGAUUCAUGGAAAAAUCUAUCCUUGAUGCAAAGACACAUUUUAAACAAACGGAAAGCUUCUUGCACACACAUUUCACCUCGUGUCACCCUCCAAAUGUUAAAAAAGAAUUUGUCAAAGGAGAAGCCUCCUCAGAAAUAACCUGAGAGGAAAAUAAUUCAAAUUUAAAAAAAAAACGCUUGACGGACGGAGGCUACCAACAAUCUUUCAGGGGCACCCAACGUCAAUUUUCGGAAAAUAUCUGUUCGAAAGACGAUUUGACAUCUAGAAUUUUCGGAACAUUUGUUGUAAAAUUUCUUGCUUGUCUGCCCCUCCUAGGAUUUUCGAACAUCUAAAAAAAUGGUAUAAUUACCCAUUUUUAACGGAUUUUUACCCUAAAAAGGUCACCUAGAAUUUUCGGGAGCCUUUUUUCUGGCUGAAAUUUUCGAAAAGGUGUCUGUAAAACCAGAACAGGCCUAAUAACUAUGAAACAGCAGUGUUCACACGGGUGUCUGUAAAAUCAGAACAGACCUGGAAGACUACGAAACACAUUCCCACUCCCCCAUCGCCGACUUGACGUACAGUAGAAAAAAGAGGGUAAGAACCUAGUUUUAGAGAACCUGUUAAUUAGGCUCGCUCUACACUAGGCUGUUCCAGGCGUUCAGAUGGUGGGGAGCGAGUUAAAUCGUACGCGUCGAGCGCAAAAGGAACACCCAACUAUUUUUUUUGCCCACUCCCCACCAUUUGAACGCGUGGAACAGGCUACCUCUACACAAGAACUUGUUUAGCCUUGAAUUUAAACAGGUUCUUAUUUUUAAAGUCUAUCAAAAAAUAUUCUGUACAGGAGGGCAAAUAAGUUAAGUCAACAUUUAGGAUCCUUUUUGAAGACAGGGUUAUCACUCCAACUGCAAUAUAAUGUGUCAGUAUGCAGAUUUCAUCAGUCUUAGAAAUGAGCUGAAUAGCACCAAAUAUUUUAGCUAGAACCUACAAUGGUUUUUCCUUCAGAAAAUAAGAACUUAUUUAAGAACCUAAAUGACCUUAAUUUGUGCUAAUUACCAUUUAUGUAAGAACCUGUUUAACUUGGGAAAAUGCAGUUUCUUAGGCGUUGGUUUUUACUGUAUUUGAUAAAGUUUUAAGGAAGGUUCCGUUAAGCGUAAGUUUCAGUACGUUUCGUUACUGGUGAACAGUAAAUGACCGUAUGAAGGCUUGGGACGUCUUUCAGUUUUAAGGUUGAUUUCAAUGAACGCAAUUUUUGGCUACGCACGUUACCUAGGGUAUUUUUUAAUCACGUAAAUAAACUACAGGGUGUUUCAAAAGUUCGUUCCGAUUUUGUAUUCGCUUAAAUUUCACUAAUUAUCAAAAAACCCCUUUUCAAAACUUAUUAUGUUAUUCAUUAUUCAUUUAACAUUGAAUAACUAAAAUAUUAGUAACCAGAAUGCUUUCCUUUAUGUGUUCUGACAUUUUCUAAGAGGUGAGGUAUAGAAUGUACGAGUUCCCAAAGCGUGUCCAAAGUCACAUUCUUCCAGGCGAAGCGUAGUCACUGUCUUAGCUCGUCCAGUGUUUUGGGGGCUGGAUCUUUGUAUGUUGUCUCGUCUAUGAUAAUCCAGAUGGUUUCUAGGGGGUUCACAUCACGUCAGUUUGCCGGCCGGUCCUCCUUUGGUAUAAAGUUGGCAAAUCCUUCUGACCAUGCUUGCAUGAAGUGUGCACCGCCUUUUUCUCUUCAACGCUUUCAACUUUUUUUGGUAACUUAUCCCCAUACCGUUGAGCUCGAAACUUUGAUCGAUAACGUGAAGUUGAAUUUUUUUUACCUUUCUGUUUUGUGGAAUUAUUAUACAUAUACUUACAGCUUUUUCGAUAAUAUUUCUCACACAUUUUGUGAAAAAACGGCCAUCCACUCCUUGGUUUGUCUUCUAAGUUCUUCACUUUUGACCACUUGUUCGGCCAUCGUUCACACUUCUUCAACAAUUUGGCAAUUUUUUUUUUGGACUUAAUGGCCAGAAGAUCAUAAAAGUAGAUGCCUGGCCCGGGUUCCUAGAAAGCCGUCGCCCCAUGUAAAGGAAUCCGGAUUCCGGAAUCCGGGAAAUUUUUGCAUUUGGAAUCCGGAAUCUUGGAAAUUUUUGUUUGUGGAAUCCGGAAUCCUGGGCCUUGGAAUCCGGAAUACAGGAGUAGGAAUCCGGAAUCCCACUGACAAUUCGAAUCCGGAAUCCAAGUUCCACUGAAAAAGAUCUGGAAUCCAGUAAUUGGAAUCCGGAAUCCACGGCGUGGAAUCCAGAAUCCAAGAGUGUCUUGGAUUCCCUUACAUGGGGCGAAAGCCGAUUAGCGCUGAUCGAGGAUUAAAUCUCGCUAAUCGCGGAAUACAUUUUGUCCCACGAUUUGAUCCUGUUCCUGAAAGCAUGAUUAACCUUAAUCUAGGAAUAAACUAAGUGUUAAUUUUAACCCACCUAGCGAGGUCGAUUAAGUCAUUAAUCGGGGGAAAACGUUUGUAAAACAAACAAAAUGGCGGACUUACCGUUGCCUAAAAUACGUGAAAAAAAGUUCCGACAGCAAGAAAUUGAUCUCGACCAAUUCACUGAUGAAGAGCUUUGCAGUAAAAACAGGUUUGGCCGAGAGUCAAUUCAUUAUUUGGUAGAAAUCCUCAAGAACGACCUCGAGAGACAGACGAGGAGAAAACAUAAGCAGUUGCCAGGGUGGUUACUACUUCAUGUAAUAAAUUUGGUCAUUAUAAAACAUGGACUGUGGACUGCGGAUUGAAUAUAGGGACUACGUUAUAAAAACUGGGCCAAUUAUUUCUAGGUAGAUGAAGAAUUUCGGUUUCCUCUUCUUCUCCUUUGGUUCAACCUAGACCACUUCAUUUUCCGCCAUUUUCCUUUACUUCACCCGUGCCUAAACAUUUUUCGCGCCAUAUUUUUUAAAAGCAAUCAUCCCAAAAACUUGUUAAACCGGUUUAUUUUAACACUAAUCUCGGAUUAGUUAAUCAUGGGUUUAUUUCGCUUUCAGGAACUCCUUUUUAACCCACGAUUAGUUAUCCGAGGAAUAAGAAAAUUAAUCGUGGAUUUGAUGCUAAUCGGAGGAUAGUUUAGUCGGCUUUCCAGGAACCGGGGCCUGAUCUCUAGCACAAACAGUGUAGGCCUUCAUUUUCAGGAGUAGAGAAAAUAAAAGAAAACGAUAAAAAUACUAAAAUAGAAAGCCUACAAAAUGGGCAGGAAAAGUAUGGCGGGAAAAACCUCGCGUACGUGUACAGUUGAGGCAAAAAUUAAAAAUAUAUAUAUAAUUUCUUCAAGUUUUAGUUUGAAGUUGCUUUGAACGGUUAUUUAGAUAAAUUUCUUACCUGAAUCAGUUUACAUUUGCCUAAAGAAGUAUCAAAUGCUUUUCUCAAAACACAAUUUAGAAUCGGAACGAACUUUUGAAACACCCUGUAGAGGCAAGAUAUAAAGUGUUGACAUUAAACGUGAAGUUGAACGAGGUUAUACUUUUACGCUUAUGAGCGAUCUUUCAUACAUUACCUCUAUUUUAUUUGCGAACGUAAAUUUUAGGCACCUACGCACGUAAAAAUUAUGUGACAGUGGAACUAAUAUGCUUUUAGCGAAAAAAUCAAGAGAGCUUGAAAAAAGCGGAAUAUCCACUUCAUCAAUUGACAUGUGUAGGUCGUCUAGAGAUCUAUAUUCAGUUGCCCUAUCAAAUCCCAACAUCUUGUUCAAUGCACUUUACAUUGAACAAGGUGAAAAUUCCUAGUAUUUUGGAGAAGGCGAUCAUUCGAGAGGGGCGUCUAAUGGCAUAGAUGGGGCGUUCGUAAGAUAGGAUGCAUUUCUGUGGAAGUGGGCGUUUAUUACGUCAUUUAUGGUAGUCGGUUGUAUGUUCAACUUAAGGUCUCGGUAAAGGAAAACGAGGUGCCCACAGAAAAAAAUUCUAGUCGCGCGAGUAUUUUCGCUACAAAGGCAAGUUAUAUAUCAAAUUAAAGCUAAAAGACUAAAUUACCUUAUAAAAGAUUUUAUUUCAUCGAAUUUCAAAAGGCGCUUAAGUUUUUUUGCUCUCGAACUCAGAGGUAUCGAUUUUACUGCUGAAGCUCCAGCCCUUUCGCGUUGUUAAAUAUUCACUUCCUUUUUAUUGCAUCUGAUUGACAGAUAAAAGACCUAAAAAAGGGUGUGAGGAAAUUUGCAUAUGUCUCGUAUUAGCGGAAUUAUUGCAUUUCAAACUAAAAAGUGGAAUCUCGAGCGCGAUUUACGCAAAGAAACUGACAUAAAAUGAGUUACAAAGGGAAAUCGGAAAAUUCCUCACACACUUUUUAGCGCUUCUGUUACGCGAAUUCGUAAGAAAGAGAUGGAAUUCUACCAAAAUGUGCUGGAAAAGACAGUUUAUAAAGUACUCUUUUCCUUCUUAAUUCCUAAUUUUGAAAAAUUGACAACUUAAAAUCCAAUGUUCGCCGUUUGUCAUAAACGUCAUUCUAAGCCUCUUUACUUUUGCCUUUAUACUUACAAAAUGUAAUUAUACAACAACGUUUCUUACUUUUACUCGUAUAAAUAGCGCUUUUGUAUUUUUUAUUUUUUUGCAGUUGGAAAGAAUUUAUUUUUUAUUACCCUAUUGUACGCGGUAAGAGCCAAGGAUAUCUCUCACAAAACAAAAGAUCUCUUGAGGAGUGAACUACUUCUUUUCCGUUUCCGAAAUUUCGGCUAUUUUCUCAGGCUUCGUCAGUUUCUACUGUAGUAAGUGUUGGGAUGUGUGAUUGAUUUCAUUCAGAAAAAAACUAUGGUAGACAUUUAUCAAGAGUAGUGACGCCAAGUACUUCCCCCUUUAUAUAGCUAUUCCAAGACUUCUUUGUCUUUGUUUUUAUAUUGAAUAUCAGUGCUUGUUUUUUAUUGAAGUUGUUGUUACGCAUUCAAUGAAUUAUGGCGCUGUUACACCAGGCAAUCACAGGGGCGUAGCCAGGUUUUUUCAAAGGAGGGGUCACAGCAGGGACACCUUCCGGGGAUCGCCGACUGUAUAUGGCUUAUACCGCUGCUCUCCCUCGUGUAUCAGCGGGCUUAGUCGUAUUAUCGCGGCAUAAAGGCCCUUAUUAACUAAAGACAAGAGCCGUUGACGAAAAUACUUUACAAAAAACAAAUUUUAAAAAAGUGGGCUUUUCAACAAUGGCUUUUACAACCAAGAUAUUGUCAUUGCGUUUUCGUCACCUUAAUAUUGUAGGUUGUUUGCUCAAAAAAAGGCCUACCAAGGGGGGGGGGGUGGUCACGGGACCCCCCCCCCUGGCUACGCCCCUCAAUCAAUCUUGCAGCUUGUUCGGCGUUUUUGUUGCGAAACCCGUAGUUUCAGGACACGUUACACAAAACGUAGUUGAAAAGUUUGCGUGCAAUAAUCGGUAUGACUUUAUACUAAAGGUUGUGCGUCAAGGAAAACUCAAGGCAAGGUACAAAAAAAUCGACUGGUAUAACAGGGUAAUAAUUAUGUUACUUGUGUACUUUAGAUUCGUGUCAAGGUGUUACGAUAACUGAUGAAUUUAAGACUUACUUGUAGUUUUUGCUGUAAUGUUGUUGUAAUUGUUAAUGAUUUUUUUAACACAUGAUAUAGCAAUAUACUUCUUUAACCUUCAGCUUUAUUGUUAACAAAUUUUUGAAGCCCAUUUCGGGGACUUAAGAAACGACUGCAACAAACUAUAAAAACGUCUUAAGGAGCUCCGCUACCCACCCCUGGCGCUUGAUCUGUGUUCAGUUGUCUGUAAGAGAGACCUGUUUACCAAGGGCGGAUUUAAGGGUGGGCCCAGGGGCCCCAUUCCCCUUUUGUCCGGGAGUUUUUUCCUUAAAUAUUUCAGCAUUACCUUUUCAAUAUGGAAUCCGGGUAUUUGCGUCCAGAAUGGACCAGAUUGCAUGUCAGAGAACUUCAAUCUCAAAAAUUUUCCCGGAGGAGCAUGCGCCCGAAACUCCCCAGAAAAGUGCGCCAUUCGCAGUCCUGAUGAGCGCUUUCGCGCCCAUAUUACCACUGCAGACUAUAUCUCUAGGCCCCCUCUGCCACAAAAUCCUCUGUCCGCCCCUGUUUACGUCGCAAUUGCAUUCUUCCAGUACCAUUCUCCGCCCCAGAGAUCUUCUCUAUUGCGCAUGAUUACAAACUAGAACGCGCGGAGUCAAUAGCCUGAGCUCUGGGGUCGAGAAUGAUACAGUACCGUGCAGGUUGGUGAUUUGUGCAUGCUGAGCAAAGUUUUUCUUGCGCUUUCUUGCUCGUAAUAUAGCACUCUAGCGCACGCGUCAGAGAAACGAGAACAGAGAAUUAUAAAUAAAAUUAAUCAUUUCUAAGUCACGGUGCCCUACCCAGUCUGCUAUGUUUCAAGAGUUUUGUCACAGGAAAAGAAAAUACACUCUUCUCGACAAGAUGUUAUGUUUGCGCGUGACAUUUGCAGAUAAGCAGGGCUGUUAUUUCCCCUGCUUGAGCUCAGCUGGGGAACUAACAACCCCCUGGGGGUACUCCCUAUAACGGCCUAUACGAUCUAGGCGGGGAGGCUUCGUCCAAAAGGGAUACUUUUUCUGGUUUCAGGUAUAUUAGAAAAAAGCAGGAAUUUAACUUGUUCAAGUAUAUUAAAAGACAAGGUAAUCUGUCAUCUCGGUUUGUUUAAAGUUUGAAGACAGUGCAUUUACAACAGUCAAAAGGGAUGCAAAGUUCUUAGACUUGUAACCUAGGUAUGUGAAAGGGGUACCAUUAGUAGACUACGAGUACUCCCCAUUUUUCCUCAGGGACAGCAGAGCGAGCGAAACGCGAGCGCGCGUGAAAAUCACCCUACACGAGAAAGGGACACGUGUUUCCCCGGGGUGAGCUUUACGCACGCUCGCGUUUCGCUCGCUCUACUAUCCCUGAGGGAAUAUGGGGACUGCUCAUAGUCUACCAUUUUCUAUAGAGGGUUUACGUGAAAUAAGAAGAUACUGUGUAGCACGAAAUUUUUGCGGGAGUUUAUUUUUGAGGAUUGGCGAUUUUUUUGUGUUUUGCGGAAACUAAUUUUUGCGAUUGGGACAGAGUGGGUUUUCUUGCUGGGAAUUAAUUUUUGCGAUUUUCAGAAAGUACCCAGUACCCAGCAUUGAUAAUAUUUUCUUUUUUAUAGAGAACGUGCAAUACAAAUGCAUAUUUUCAAGCACUCAAGAAAACAGUAUUUCUUUAUUCCUGAGUGAAAGAGACAAGUUGUGAUUAAAUAUACACGAUUUCUUAAUACUGUAAUUUAAGUUAGAGAAUCUUUAGUACUCUGGAGUAAAUUUUUGCGGGAAAAAUGUUAGUGGUAAUUUGUAUCUGCGGGAACUUAUUUUCGGGGAUCGCUGGAAAAACCGCAAAAAUCGCAAAAAUUAGAACCCGCAAAAAUUUCCUGCCACACGGUAGCUCUAAGAUAGCAAUGCAUUGUAUUGCUUAGUUAAUGGUUAACAUUUCAGUAAACUGUUGGGUGUCUCAUUAUUCCUUGAGUUUGUGUCAUUUUCAUUGUCUCGAUUUCACCAACGAAAGUGCAAGAAAUCUAAAAGAAGCUAGUGUCGUGAUAUAACUAGUCGCAACAUGUUCUUGAGCUAUAGUUGCUAUUUCGAAAUAAACGGAAAACGUGCAAAGAGCGAUAAAUUUAGCGGUCGUAUUUCCGUAUUCCCGAGCAGUUUGGCGUCUUUUUAUUUUGUUCCGUGAUGAUCAAUUAGAGGUAGGUUAGACCUUCAAAAACGUCCUUCGUCGGAUUUAAUAUGGCGCGGGACCUCUCGCGAUUUCUUCGCUCGGUCGGCCGCUUCGCGGCUUAAAAAGGCUUGCGCCGCUCGCCAAGAGGGUGACUUGUAGCAAGUCUAGACGAGGGAAGGAGCUUUAUUUUUCUCUCCCCUCGUCUCCCGCUUCCCUCAAAAUGCCGCGUUCUCCUUGCUUGGAGCUUGCAAAAAUCCCUCGCUGCUUCGCCGCUUGCUUCACGCACUUGGCGGCACAAGAAUCCCGCCAGCAACGCGGGCGAAGACGGAUCGGAUUGGCGGUGUUCUCCAAAUCGUUCAUUAAGUUGGCGUUUAGUCUCUCUGAUGUACUCGGGCAUUUGCAUUUGUUACGGGGGGUUUGACUGCUCGCGCAAAACGAUCACAAGUUGAACGGAUUUACUGUGAUUUAUGGGUUAGAUUUGCUGAAACAUAGAAAAGAAAAAAAAACAACAACAACGUCAUGAUCAGGACACGAUACUGUUUGAGAGACAGACAUCGGACGAAACCCCCAGGAGCGGGGUACGGCCAUAUCAUGGAUAUAUAUGUAUGUGUCGCUGUGCGGGGUAUAGCCUGCGCGGAGGGCGUUUGAAAGGGAAGGGAAAGGUAGUUUUAGUUGCGAGAGAGACGCAAGGGCCGGGGCGCGCGCGCUCCCUCUUCGCGCGCCCCUCGCGUUUCUCUCGCGCCUUAAACCUUUCAAACGCCUGCCACGUAGGCUAUGAAGGGAACGGUUUUGAAGCAGUUUACUCUGGGCAUGGGCUCCUUGCCAGGUAUAUUAAAAUCAGAGAGUUUGGGUCUAGAAUAGAGUAUCAUUUUCCAGGAAACUGAUCAACCGGUUGCAGAUUUUAGUUAGGAAAAUUGGGAAUUGCAGAAAAAACUCAAAUCGCUUUUAUUUUGGCUGGACUGUGCUAGUGACUUCGGUAGUUUCUGAAAAACAGCUACUCUAUAUCUAGGAUAGGAGAUUUGGGGAGUUUAGUCCAGUGUUAAGUCUAAUAUAGCGUAGAAAAAUUCAGCUGAACCAUAGUUAGUAGGCUGAACUUGCUCUGGUGUAAGCUCUGGUGUAGGCUAAGGGUUCCAAGGUCCCAGCGGCACAUCACCACCCAUAAAUUCCUAAAGUAUUCCCACCCCGGGACGAAACCAUCUUCUGGGGGUCUGUCCCACACUGGCAACUGUCCCCACUGGGUCCCCGACAGUUUUUUCUUUUUGUCUUUGCAAUGACCGUUGCAAUCUCACCAGUCCCCGAGACGUUCCCUGUGGGUAUAAAUCAAGAUGGCGGUUCAAAUGUCGAACGCUAGCGAUUAAAUCAACGCGGCAGCACUUAAGGUAGGAAAGUUUUUCACAUCUUAUUGAUACGUCUAGUUGUGAAAAUUUAGUAACAGCGGUUAGCUGCUGAUGAAACGUAGUUUCAAAUGUGUCUCUGCGUGAGUGGUAAGCCGGAGUUUGUAGCCACUCAUUAUCUAACUUGAACACCUUAGAGCAUAAUUUGAUGGCAAAUAAUCUGUCAGUGGCUUCUGCUGCUUAAUCUAUAGGGAUGUUUAGGAAACCAAGAUCUUGAGAACGAAAAAAUAAUAAUAGAAAUGGUAGAAACUUUAGUUGCAUAUGUGUUGAUAUUUUUAAAAUCAAUGGACCACACUCUCUGUGGAAUUACCGGCGUGAUACACCACGCGCAAUUUUGCGAGAACACGAGAAAAAGUGAUUUACAAGCUUUUUGACUGUUCUUCCAACAUCCCAAGUGGGUUAUCACGCCAGUAAACCCAUAGAAAGUGUGAUCUAUUGCUUUUAUAAAAUAAUUUUUGUAGAACGGAGUCUUUUAGGUAAAAAGUGUGGUUUUAGUACCAUGAUCAAGUCAUGUUCUCUCUCUAAAGUCAUCAUAAGCCAAUCAUGACUCACGAUUUAAUGGCGCCGAACUUUCUCAAAACUCAGUUCUGUCAAACAACAAACAGCAGCACUUCAAAACACCAGUGUUUGCACUCAUUACAUGAUAACUUAUCAAGUUAUGAAAGCUGUUUUACAGGAAUAGUCAACACAUAUUCAUGCGAACAUACAAUGAAAGAAUAAGUUCGUGGUUUGUUUACUACAGAAGUAGAAAAUUGAACAUCAGACUGUACACAGCUGUCUUUUGUUGAGUCGAUCUGUAAUUUCGUGCUUACAGACAGAACUGGCAGCCAUUGUAAUGGAGGACUUCAUUCACUUUUUACAAGCUGUAGGGGUUUAAGAUCUGUCGCAUGUAACUUAUGUACGCACAGCGACCAAUGGAAAUAAGUCAGUGGUAACUCCAAAUUUGAAGAAAGGUUUCUUUGCUGUCACCACAUAUUAACAUUUAUGUUUGUUGAUUUGUGAAGUCAGGUGGUUUGAAGAAGGUCAUGUUGUUGAUAUUACCAAAUGCUUUGUGCAAAUGUUGGAAAAAGACCAGUGUGAAACUCUGAAAUCUUUCAUCAUCAUUUACAGCUUGUUUACAACCUGCAGCGAUUGAUUUUGUACCAGAACUUGAUCAGAUCUCUCUUAGGGACAAUUUCUUUCAUUCAGGAAUUUAUUUUUGACAUAAAAUAGUUCAAGAAUGCUAAAAUUAUCGGUUUUGUUGAGAGUUGGCACAUGGUUAAGUUUUCCUAGAAACUUUAUAGACCAGAAAUUCACACAGGUAUUGUCUUUCUCUGUGAUUUGGCAUUGUCAUGAAAUGUAAAUUGCUUUCCAGCUUUGUACUUCGUAACUUUUAAAGCUAUGGCAGUAACAAAUUUUGACACUGAGUAAUAAAAUGUGGAAACCAGUGCUUUUUAAUAUUAAGAAGGGUUGGGUAUAAAGUAAAUUGUUCUGUUUUUUAGCCUCUCUAAAAUCGUUGUUUGCAGAUCAAUAGCCGGUUUUGUGUAUGGCUCGUGGUCUGGAUGCCUUUUUCUAUGGGUUUACCGGUAUAAUAAACCAUAGGUUUUUGCCCAAUCAGAUCAAUAAACAAUGACCUUUCAACUAAUUACCCACUGAUCACCUCCUGAUUACUUAUUGCUUUCAUUGAUGCCAUUAAUUGACUGUCAUAUACCAUAAUUAUUCACAAAUAGCAGACAGGUGGAAAAAAAAUCUUGACUUAAGGUAGAUUUACCCCAUUCACUGCCACAGAAAAUGUUAAUGCUUGAGUCUUGGAAGGUUGUUCUAACUUUAAAGUCUGUGGAUAAAAUCCUGUGGUUUUACUAUACAAAAGGAAUCUCUUUGGCAAUACUUACACAAGGGUACCACAGUGGAACCUUACCUUACGCCUAACCUCUUCAUACGAUUACCACUUCAUUAUUAUGACCACUUUUUUCCGACCCAAAUGUAAAUUUCCUAAGUCAGUUUAUUAUUUUGAAGACCAGUUAAUGUGACCACCUCUUUAUUACGACCAGGAUUUUAUGGCCCAACGGUAGUGACUGUAUUUGCUUUUCAAUAUUUUACUAAAUGGUUAUGAGUGAGGAAGUUUUGUAGAAUUUUGGUUUUGGCUACUUUUACCUUAUUUAUUAUCUUUGGUUGCUUUCACAUGAAAAGUAGGAAGGUUUGUAAUGAAACUAUGUCCCCUCCAGCCUUCAUAUCUGAUUUUAAAUUUUUCCCUGACCCAAAGUUAUCUAAACCCAGCUUUGCACAACUUGGUCGUGGGCACAUAUUCCAAGAGAAACUGAAAACAAUUUAUAUACUUAGAAUUAAUUAGGCAGUAAACAAGGUGUAUUAUUUGGACAAAGUGAAAAUGGCAUACUUAAAGAAAAGUAGCCAGCUACAACAUCUUAAUUGAUUUUCUCUGAAACCAGAACAGAGUUCUGAAUAGCCUGCCUAGCAAGUGUUUCUGUGUGAGUUUGUCAAGAAAGGAGAAAAAGAAGAGGAAUGAGGCAUCCCUUCCCCUUUGAUCUUUCAUUUCUUUUGCUGUUACUCCAACUUGCAAUAACUCUAUUAGAAACGCUUGCUAUGCAGACUUAAUUCUACACAAACACUGUGGUGCGUGGCCUUGUUAAAUCUGAGCCGUAUAUUGGGAAAACAAUCAAGGAAUUCAAAACUAACUAAAAUUGGCUUCUAUCUAGAUAUUUGUCAGCGCUUCAUAGCAAACAUUGUGAAGUCAUCCCUAAACGUAUUUAGAGCUGAAAAAUUAUUACUCUUCAUUACAUUUAGGGCCAAACUUUAUUACAUGUAGGACCUUUAUUACAUUCAAGGCCAAAACUUGUUACAUUUAGGAUCUUUAUUAUAUUUAGGAUGAGAUGGUUAUUACACUUCGGACUUUUAAUACAUUAAGGUUCAUUUAUUACAUUUGAGGCCUCAACACCUGCGCAUGCCAUGAAUUAUACAGUUUAGCAAUAGUACAAGUUAACAACAGCCCUGUUCCAAAAAUUCAAAUGUCUUAUCUUGUGGGUCACUCUAAUGUUGUCAGAUCUGCUCAUUGUAGAUUAUGUCAGCAACAAUUGUUGAUAUGAGUCAGUAUGAGUCAGUGAAGUACAGCCAACAGCUUGGGAAUAAGGCUAAUAUGUGCAGGAAUUAUCAUCGUCGUAUGCACAGCACCUACAAGUGGAUGGGGUAUAAAUGUAGAAUGAACCUCCUGAAAUUACCAAUUUAUUACAACCUGACAAUAAAUAUGAACAUACAACUAGUAACAUACAAUAUUAUUAUUAAACAUACUUCUAGCUAGAUUCGCUUUUUAGUUGUUUUCCAAGUGACUUGUACGUUACAGCAGCAUCGUCUUUUUAAUUCUUUUUCUGUGUGUGGUAUGAUUAAAAUUCUUGUCUUGUCUUGUCUUCUUUUCUCGUCUUGUCUUGAUAAGAACUGCAGUGAUUUAAACCAAUUAACAUCACAACAUUUUCAGACAAUAGUGACCACGAAGCAAAAAAAUGCUAAGUGAAAGCUAAUAUAGCUAGUGAGAGACAAUAACAUGCAAUUUUUUUACUGUUUACAAUUUUAUUAUUACAAUUAACAGACGCAACAUUUCUAAAAAUACUUCCUGCCUCCAAUCAAGCCUGUGCCUGGGCUAUCAUUUUAGUUUCUUAGAAACCGGUAAACAAACUGGAAGUUUACACAUUUUUGUUAAUGAUGUCAGCGUAAUCAGAACAAUUUCAUUGUCGCUCAAUUUAUUCUUUGCAAUCCGUUGUCUGCAGUCGACUACCGCUGUCAAGGAGCUUGCUUGAUCUUGCGUCAGCUUCUCACAUUUCUUUAGCGUGGUGGCAACAAAACGAAAUACAUGCAGCAGUUGUGGUUAGCUAAUAUUGAUUUGUUUUGGAUUAAUAGGCACUCUAACCAGAAGACAGCACCAGAAGCACUUGCUCGAUGUCCUUUAACUGUAAGCAGAAUGGCAAAUGUUUUAACCGAUCAGGACUCCUGAGGAGACAUGAAAGAGUUCAUACCGGACAAAAGCCUUAUGAAUGUAAACAGUGUGGCAAACGUUUUAGCGAAGCAGGAAACCUAAGGAAACAUGAAAGAAAUCACAGUGGGGAAAAGCCUUACAAAUGUAAGCAGUGUGGCAAGUGUUUUAAACAUUCAAGCCAUCUUAGGAUUCAUGAGAGAGUUCACACUGGAGUAAAGCCUUUUAGAUGUAAACAGUGUGGCAAGUGUUUUAGACAUUCAAAUACCCUAAGCAUUCAUGGAAGAGUUCACACUGGGGAAAAGCCUUAUGAAUGUAAGCACUGUGGCAAGUGUUUUAGUGAAUCAGGAAAACUAAGGAAACAUGAAAGAGUUCACACUGGGGAAAAGCCUUAUGAAUGUAAACAGUGUGGCAAGUGUUUUAACGACACAGCAAACCUAGGAAAACAUGAACAAGUCCACACGAGGAAAAAACCUUAUGAUUGUAAACAGUGUGGAAAGUGUUUUAGCCAAGCAGCAAACCUAAAGACACAUGAAAGAGUUCACACUGGGGAAAAACCUUUUGAAUGUAAACAGUGUGGAAAGUGUUUUAGCCAAGCACCACAUCUGAGGCAUCAUAAAAGGGUUCACACUAGGGAAAAGCCUUAUGAAUGCAAACAGUGUGGCAAGUUUUUCAGCCGAUCAGGAGGCCUGAGAAAACAUGAAAGAGUUCACACUGGGGAAAAGCCUUAUGAAUGUAAAGAGUGUGGCAAGUGUUUUAGCGAAGCAGGAAGCCUAAGGGGUCAUGAAAGGGUUCACACUGGGGAAAGGCCUUAUGAAUGCGAACAGUGUGGCAAGUGGUUUAGACUUCCAACUGCCCUAAGGAUUCAUAAAAGAGUUCACAGUGGUGAGAAGCCUUUUGAAUGUAAACAGUGUGGCAAGUGUUUUAGCCAAUCAAGUUACCUAAGGAUACACGAAAGGGUUCACACUGGGAAAAAGCCUUAUGAAUGUAAACAGUGUGGCAAGUGUUUUAACCAAUCAGGAUUGCUAAAGAGACAUGAAAGAAUUCACACGGGGGAAAAGCCGUAUGAAUGUGAACAGUGUGGCAAGUGGUUUAGACUUUCAACUGCCCUAAGGAUUCAUAAAAGAGUUCACACUGGUGAAAAGCCUUUUGAAUGUAAACAGUGUGGUAAGUGUUUUAUUCAAGCGGGACAGCUUAAGAGUCAUGAAAAAAUUCACACUGUGGAAAAGCCUAAUGAUUCUGACAAGUGUUUUAGCCAUAUGGUAAAUGGAAACUUUAGCAUAGAAGACCGUCGAUCAGUCAUUGUUGAGAAACACAGCUGUUGGAUUUGUCAAGAGGAAAUGAGUAGUGAGGCCCUUCUUCUUCAGCACUAUAAAAGUCAUAUGAGACUUAGUGGUGACUGAAGAUAGUUCCUGAGUGUCGAGGGUAAGUGCAAGAUAUCAGGAAGUUGAAAAAUCUGUGUUAGGGCCAGAUUAUUGUUAAUUAACACAGAGGGAAAUGGACAUAAUAUUUUGGGGUACCUUUAUUAAGAGCUUCAGCUGCUUCAACUGCCUUAUGCCCACUUGAUGAAGGGAAGCAUAAUCAUUCUCAUUCUAUUCCUUUCUCGCUUCAUGUAUGUUCUUUCUGACUUGAUUUUAUGCAGUAAGGUAUGAAUGCUAUUUGCAUAAGGAAAAUAAGAUUUUUGUUACACAAAAAGUAAUCAGAUGUGGGCAUUUGGCGUACCAUUAAUUUUGUUGAAGCAUAUUUUACGAUAACCUGCCAUCAGGCGUCCUUUUUCUCCCAAAAAAUGCAACGCCUGAUCACAGGUUAAAUUUAUAACAAGACAUAGUGUAUAACACUAUGUUGUGUGUUGUUUAAGAUGCAAAAACAUAACAAUCUUUCUUUGUGUAACCUUACCUUGAGCAAAGCAAACAUCGCAAGUAAAGUCCAACGUCUGAUCAAUAAAACUUGUGGCACUUUUGCCCAACCCCAUGUACUAUUUAAAUUAUACAUUGAAUUAGUCAGACCGCAUGUUGAAUUUACCUGUCAAGUCUGGUCUGCACAUCAACUGUUUUUGAUUGACACUAUUGAAAGAGUUCAGUAACCAGCUACAAAACUGAUCAUAGGGGACAUGCUUUAUGGUAGACUUAAAGAGAAGGCCUUUGUCUGAUUUAUUAGAGCCUCCUCACAUGAGACCGGUUGACCAAGCUGGCAUGGUUACUGGAACAAAUUUUCUCUUGGCUUCAUGUGGGUAAUUUCAGCCUGGUUUCCGAGAUGAGAAGUCCUGGUGCCAAAUUCAAGGAAACAUGACAAAACACAAAGUUUUAACUUUCACACCGAUCAUAGCUUGCGAAAUCUCAUUGGAAAAACCAAUACCUCGGGAACUGAGCCAGCCCACUCUCUCACAUGAGCACAUCAUCGAAAACUUUACAAAGGAUUUAGAAGGGAGGCAAGAUGGCCAGCAUGGUCAACCGGGCCCAUGUGAAGGGGCUCUCCAUACGGCUGCUUCCUGGCCUCAAAAGCUCACUCUGCUUGUUAAGAAGCUUGUGAAGUUAAAUCGUAGCAAGUCUAGUCUUAUAGAGAGAGACUUCAGGAACUGAACCUUCUUAACUUUUUAUGGAAUUAGGAUUUGGAUCUGUCUAUUUAUCUUGUGACAGCUGAUUGCCCCAAAUAUAAUCUCAGACAUACUAAUAGACCUAUUCAGCUAACUCAAUGUUGUACCCAAUUCAAACCGUUUGGGAAUAAAACGUUUUGUUUCAGGAAUUUCCACAUCAUUUGUAUAGGUAAUAGCAUGAUUUGUAGUGAUAUUUGGCAUAAAUACCACGAGUGAUAUUUCAAAAUUCUUAUACGUAAUUUCACGAGCCGCUAGGCAAGUGAAAUUUGAGACAAUUUUGAAAUGUAACGAGUGGUUUUUAUGCCAAAAAUCACGUACAAAUCAUGCUAUUAUUUGUUUAUACUACUACCCGCAAAGGUUUUGUAAUUUUCACAUGUAGGUAUUUCAAAUUAAGCUGAAAUACCACUACUCUAAGCCAAUCAAAUUGCAUAAAUUUCUCAUUUAGUAGUAUAAGAUGUUUAAUUUUUAUUUAUUGUGAACUUCAGGUAACCUGUCAGUGAGGGAAUUAGUUUCUGUUCAGGGUUUUCUUGUCAAUACGUGCAGUCUCUAUUUUUUGUUAUUGAAAGAAAAAUAACAGAGGUCUAGGAUCGCGUUUAUGUUGAUCUUUACGGCGAGACAAUAAACAGCAAAUUCUAUUUUUGUACCAUGUGACCAACGUUGCCCUCAACUUGUCUGGUUCUACACAAACCAUAACCAGUUUCAUGUCAGGUCCAUUCCAAAUAAUCCUCUUGGAACCCUUUUCCCGCUGAUUUCCCAAUUUGAGAAAUUGACAACUUGAAUCUAACGUUCGCCAUUUGCCAUAAACGUUAUUCUAAGUCUCUAUACUUUUGCCAUUAUUUUUAAUUAUAUUCAGUUUAAUGUCAUCGUGUCUUUAUUUUUCUCGUAUAAAUUGCGCUUUUGUAUUUUUUGUAGAAAUUUCUUCUGUUUCCGCCUGCUAGUUCAGUUUCUAUUUCUAGUAAGUGUUGGGAUCUGUGAUUGAUCUCAUUCAGAAUAGAUAUAUGAGACAUUUAUCGAGAGUAGUGAUGCCAGGUAUUUCUUCCUUUUUUAGCCCUACCAAGACUUCUUUGUCUUUGAAGCAUUUCUCAUUUCUUAAUCGUACAAUAUCAGUGUUUCUUUUUUAUUAAAGUUGUUGUUACGAAUUUAAUGAAUCAUGGCGCAGUUACACCAAGCAAUCAUUCCUACGGCUUGUUUGGCGUUUUGGCAAGUAAUGUUCGUUUGUAAACAUUGAAAAUUACAACCUCUUGUAAGAGACCACUUGACGUUUGAUCUGAUUUUCAUCAGUGGCGCAUCCAGGGAAGGAGUCCGCUCCCCCCUUAUUUUUAGGCCAAACUGAAGGCCGAAAAAAAUUUUCUGAGGCCGUCCCCCCCCCCCCAUUAUCUCAGGAUCUGGAUGUCCAGGACCCCCUUACAGCUGUAUCUGCCUUAAAUCAUUUGCUGCGCUACUCAGAAAAUACGAUAAAUUCUUAGUGACAACACAACACUUAGCACAUAGUAACUUACAAAUAGCAUGCAGUAUAUUCUUCAAUAAGGAUGUGUCGGGACUAUAAUAGAAGACUUUCUUGUCAGUAAGGCAAGCAUGGCACCACUGAAUCUUCCAUUUUGGAAUGUUACUUGCGGGAGGUUCGACAGUUCGCGAAAAACGGUGACAUAAAUUCUAUGGAUUCACUGUAAUGUAGGGGUUAGCUCCACUAAAAAAACUGAAAUAAUAAUAAAAAAACACGGGAAUUUGAGGAUUUAAGAGACAGAGAUAUCUGCUUUGCCACACCAGCAUUUUUCCCCACCGG